AUGCACGAGCCAAAGUCCAUGAAGGAAGCCAUGAGGCCGCUGAUACUGAUGAAUUCCCUGUUUGGUAUGAGUGUGAUCUUCGACAAUAGGAAGAAGUCUGUGCAUCUGAUCGAAUACCUUCAUACCAUAAUCUUUUUGGUGGUGUAUAACGUCGUUAUCAUAUUAUCGGAGCCUAUCUUCAGCGAGUACUAUAUAAUAAGCUUAUACAAAUUAUGCGACGACACGUAUAGAUACAGUAGCCUUAUCAAUAUUCUUAUAAUAAAUGGAUUGAUCAUCGCUACCAGGGCACAAACGAAGAAUCUACGAACUGCGAUAGCCCUCGUGGAAUCCUGCGACCGAAAAAUAGAAGAAAUAGGACUGCCUCGGAGUUAUAAGACGAUGAUGAAGUAUCAGAUCCGUGGAAUCUUACUCGGUGCAACCACGAUCUUAGUCUUCUGCAUGACUGUCUACAUCUGGCGCUUCAAAAAGUCCACGCCAUUUUCUGUGAAACUGUACCUCAAUUUCAUAGGGCAUUUGCCGGUCGUAAUCACCUGGCUUUGUAAUUUCUCCUUCUGCUUUUGGAUCAGGUAUUUCAGGAUGAAAUUCCAACAGCUGAACGAAGUGCUUCGAAGUAUGGUGAUGGCUACGCCGGAUUCACCGCAGCAUCAGAGGGUCCUGAAGAUGAAAUACGAUUUCCAGAACAAUGGUUUCAGAUCGUCCAAAAGUAAUCGUGUAUAUGAGAACAAGGAGAACACUACCGUGAUGAGAUCAGUAAAGAAAAUGCAUCUGGAGAUGAUCAAGAUCGUAAGGAUCGUGAACAACAUUUACGGUGUACAAAUUCUGCUGUUGAUGAUCUCAUCGGUUAUCUCCAUCACCAUUCUCUUCUACCUGUUGUACAGGAUAACAUGGAUGGAGUUGACCGUCGACUCAUAUUUGCAAGAAGUGAUUCCUUUGACUUGCUGGAUCUUCUUCUACAUCAUGUUGAUCUUGUAUAUAAAUCACGUUUGUGCCAAAACGAUCAUAGAGGCAGCAAGCAUCGGCGACACCAUUUGCGAACUCUAUGAACCGUCCACCAGCACAGAAUUUCGAGCAGAGAUUCAAGAUUUCACUUUACAACUGAUCCAAAACCCAUUGCUAUUCACGGCCUGCGGGUUCUUCAAUCUGGACCACGCUUUUAUCCAAGGAAUUGUCGGAACGAUCACCACAUAUCUCAUCAUCAUAAUCCAAGUGGGAGACAUGACGACCUCGCGUAUGGAGGUCACAGCAGCCGAAAAAUUCGAAAAUCAGUCUUCGACGAUAGGAAUCGAUACAGUGACAAACUUUUCUUUGUUGUCCGAAGAAGGGCCCGUGAAGAACAGUGAUUAA